CUGUUGCAUUGGGUCGGGUUCAUUUUGGGUGUGAAACUGCUUUCAAAGCAAUGGAUCUGCCCAUCCGCGGUGAAUUACGCCCUUACACAGUCCAGUGCAGAACCACUACCUGGUGGGUGUAGUGGGAUUUCCCUAUUACCCCCUAACAUUGGGACCCCCCAACUGUGCUGUAUAAAUGCAGUGUUUCCUGCCUGAGCUACAUUAUUCCUGCAGAGCUGGAGGGAUCUGGGGAAGGAAGUCUGUAGGAGCUCUGUCCCCCCUCCCCACCAACCAGACCACAUUAAACCAAACCUAAUGAAAACAAUCUGUCUGUAAAGCACCCAGAAAGUCUACUGCCAGUCUGUAGAGGAGGAGGAGGAAAUACAGAAGAGGGGGGGAGGUGGAGAGGAGGGAAUUUCUCCAAACAGCAAGGAACUUUUCCAGAGGAUUUUUCCCCUUCUCGCUUUCUUUUUUAUUUGUGAGGAAACCUACAGUACAACAGUCAGAAGCUGCAGCAGCACUUGGGAGGAGGGAGUGAGACAACAAAGAAGCUGAACCUGGCCACAUCUCUCUCGCACUUUUAAGAAAAAAAAAAAGAUUCUCUCAUCUUUAAGGAUUUCUUCUGCAGCACGACACGGGGAAAGACUUCUGUCUCGCUCGGCACUCAAAGUCUGUUAUCAGAGGAACCAUGAAGAGCUCCCUGGUUGUUCUGCAGGUGUCUGUGUCCCUCCUCCUGCUGUGGGCUCCUCGUUGCUGCUCCACCCCCUUCCAGUCCAACAGCAGCACCUUUAUGGAGACAAGUGGAGACGGGGACUACGAGGCCACAUCCUUCUCUCUGCACACCACACAGAGCUCCCAUCCCAUCUCCACUACGGUGCGUGUCUCCAAUGGCACCCGAACCAAACCCUUCAUCCUCAGCCACAUGGUGGACUUCCUCAGGGACAACAUGCUGCUGAUCAUCGUGGUGUCCUCCCUGCUGGCGGUCAUCAUCUUCAUCGUGUGCUGCGCCUCCAUCCUGAGGCACAAGCAAAAGGUCAACGCCUACUACCCUUCCUCCUUCCCCGCCAAGAAAUACGUGGAUGAGAAGGACAAGUCGGGGGGCGCAAAGACCUUUAGUGAGAUUCCAGAAAAGGCACCCAACUCCCAGCAAGAGGAGCCGGUGGAUUCCACCAAGCAGCUCCAAGCAGAUAUCCAGGCAGCCGCCCAGAGUCUGAGAUCCCCGUGCAAGGCUCCUGUGACCAACCAAGAAUCACAAGCUGCAGAACAGCCAAGCAAACAGGUCACAGAGGAAAAGACCCAACAAGAGACCAGCAGUCCCCAGGAGGCUUCCCCUGCAUCUCCAGUAACUCUGCAAGAAGAAGCGCCCAGCCAGCCUCCGGCUCCGGCUCAACAGGAGACCGCCAGCCAACCCGAGCUUCCCGCGGGAGAAGACGUGAGCCAAACCCCGAGCAAAGAGUCUGAGCAAAACUCGUGUCCGUGUCAACCUCAGGACUGCCAAAGCCAGCUGCAGGACCCCACACCCCCAAAUGAAGACCCACUUCCACUGAAAGAAAGCCCCACAGUGCAGGAACCUCAUCAGGGUGAAGACGUUUCUGGCCAAGAGAAGAAGGAGGCUGAGCAGGAAGUGAAGCCUGCCACUGAAGAGGCCCAGGAAGUCACCACAACUGACCCGCAGCCUGUGGUUGCCGCGAGCGACCAGCCCCAGGACACUCCAGCACCAGCAGUUCAAACUGUCAGUGGGGAGACCACAGCAUUUUAACAGAUGGGCCCCCCAGAAAGCUCCGAUCUUUUCCACAAUGUUACUUCACAAGCUCCGAAUUUGUUGAUUUCAUUAUGUGAAUACCAAAGGAGGCCUUAAAAAGAAAACAAAUCUACAGUAUUUUUGUUUCAUUUUUCCAUAUUCAUUAAUUAUCUUUUUGAUCGGCUUAAGAUUUUAAGACCUGGAUGGGAAAGCUUUUCUCCCUGAAGAAAUAUGACUGCUUUACGAAGUGUUCUGAUAUUGACUACCUGUAAAAUGUGUCGUAAGCCAAACUGUGGUUAUUAGGACAGUGUCAUUGUUAAAGAAAGCUAUGGUACUUUGCAUUUCGAAUUAAGCCUGUGCUCUUUUUUUAUUUUACUUAUUUAAUAAGAAGAAAUCCUGGCAGGGCCAGACACAUUUCCUUUUUUGCAAAAAUAUUUCUCUGUGGAAUGCAAUAGCUCUGCGAGUCUGGAAAACUAUUUGUCUUUUUGAAUUUUCUUCACUGCAAUAAGUUUGUAAAACUACCAUUAUACAAACCCUUCCGAUUACUCUAGAAACAUUUAUUUAAAAUCUGACAGAUAAUGAUAUAUACUACAUUAAAAAUGCUUGUUAGAUAUUCUCAAUCAUAUACACUCAGCUCUUUUAACGAGAAUAAUAUUGCUUGAUGCUUUCAAGUACAAUACAGUCCCUCUACUUAUUAUUAUUGAGGAACGUUCCCCUUGAGUUUUCAACAUUAUGCCUUAAUCAAUAGAACACUCAGUGUAAAUUUCAUGUACAGCCUAUAACUCUGCUCUAUUUCUUUCGAUUCAUUCUCCAAAGUCACAAUGUCAUUCUUUCACUCUAUUAUGCGCUUGGUGACUCUGCUUGAUAUGUCUGCCCUUUGUGCCCACACUGCUUCAUUCACAACACUGAACUCCUGCAAGGACUGUGAAGAAGAAGGUAGGUCUAUUGUGGCUUAAUGAACAAAACAAUUGCGACAAAUCGACCAAGCCCUUACAAUGAUAUACCAUGGUAUUUCUGCAGUUUUUCCAUAGAUGUAUAGUGGUUAUCCCACAUAUCGAAUUUGCUUAGCCAUGACUUUCCAAAUUAUGCCUUAACAUACCUCAUUGUGCUCACCUACACUUCAGCAUACUCUUACAACACAGGAAAGUUUAUAAGGGAUGCCAGUCCACAUCCUGCUCGUAAUGCAGAACAUGCAGUUCAAUAGUUAAAUAAUGCUAACAUCCUUGAUAUGGUCAACAGAUGAUUACAUCACACUUAAUAUUUCUCUUCCUGUGGAAAAAAUAAUGUGCUAAUAAUUGCCUUUUCACCUCAGUGGUGCUGUUUUAUGCCAAAGAAAAUAUUCGGCUUUUUUUCUAGCGUAGAAGAAAUAGAAUAGCCAUCAGUAUUGUUGCAGUUAUUUGUUCUUGUUUCAUUUUUGCAAUAUUUAAGUGACCACUACUCUAACUUCUAGAGUGGGUUGAUAUAUUAUAAUCAUGUUCCUUUUAUAAAUUAAAUAAACUGUUUCCAAGGUCCA